AUGGGCAUGAAGAGGGACUCCUGAGUUUAAGCAAAUUUAAUAGAGAAAGUUGGGAGAGCAUUCACCCGAUAGGCAGAGGAGGUCAUAGAACUGGUUUACAAAGUAGUACUAGUGAUAAGUUGCCUUGGACGUUUUGGUUUAUUAUGCUGAAAGAAGUUUGAGAUCUCAGUUAGUAAACCUAGAUACCUUAUUUCUAAGCAAUCAACAGGAGCUGAAAGUUGGUAUGUACUGUUAACUAUGGGUAGAAAGUUGAGCCUGAUCUUGUUGGUACUGUUGGGAGUGUGCAUUUGUAAAGGAUCAGCCCAAUCAACGCUGCUUAGUACAAAUUUUUAUGCCAAUUCAUGUCCCAAUGUUGAGGCCAUUGUAAAAGAAGUUGUUAGUAAAAAAUACAGCCAGUCAUUUCUGACUGUUCCUGCCACGUUGAGGCUUUUCUUCCAUGAUUGCUUCGUUGAGGGAUGUGACGCCUCGGUGAUCAUCCAAUCUACUGCAAACAAUCAGGCAGAAAAGGACAGUCCAGAUAACUUGUCUCUGGCUGGGGAUGGGUUUGAUACUGUAAUCAAAGCAAAGCAAGCUGUAGAGAACGUGUGUCCCAACACCGUGUCUUGUGCUGAUAUCCUAGCCAUUGCUACCAGAGAUGUUAUAGCACUGGUUGGAGGUCCAACAUAUAAUGUGGAGUUUGGGAGAAGAGAUGGAACAAUAUCUCAAGCAUCCAGAGUCGAUGGAAACCUGCCUAAGGCUUCAUUCAAUCUAGAUCAGUUGGUCACUCUCUUCAACGCAAAGGGCUUAUCUCAGACAGACAUGAUUGCUCUAUCUGGGGCUCAUACAGUGGGGAGCUCUCACUGCAUCGACUUUUCAUACAGAAUUUACGGCAACCCAUUCGAUCUCACUUUGAACAGCAACUAUGCAAGCCAACUGCAGAACAUUUGUCCCAUGAAUGUGGAUCCAGACGUUGCUGUUAGCUUGGACCCUACAACACCUAAUAAAUUUGACAAUGUCUACUACCAAAAUCUGGAAAAUGGCAAAGGUCUUCUCACUUCUGACCAGGUGUUAUUCACUGAUAGCCGCUCAAGAAACACGGUCAAAAUCUAUGCAAGGUAUCCAUCUAGAUUUAAUGCAGGCUUCAUACAAGCGAUCACAAAUCUAGGUCGCGUUGGUGUUAAGGUGGGCGAUCAAGGAGAAAUCAGACAAGAUUGCAGUCGCUUCAAUUAAUAUUCUUCAUGCUUGGAUUUGUCAACAAAUUUAUCAGCUCUUAAAUUUAGGUUUUGACAGAUCAACACUAGAAGUACCUGGAUUUUGGGGAGCAAAUGUUUAUUGUAGUAUUUAUACAUUUCCUUCGGGAGGGAAUAAUAGGCUAUAAGUGCUGAAAGGAGAAGUUAAUACAUGGGAAGCAGUGGAAGCUUUUGCUUCUUCCCCUGUCAUAUUUAUUCAUUUUCAUUCACAAUUAAUACCAAUAAAGCUAGAUGUAUGUAUUUGAGCUCAAUCACAGAGCUGUACAGAUUUCUAUUGGUUGAGUUUAACUAGCUCAUGAGCCUCUGAAGUACAUCUUGUAGCGUGGCAGUGAAGCCUACCUUUCUGCAUUGAAAAGUCUUAAGGGACUAGUGAUGGCACUUGGACACUUCUCCAUUUUGUUAAUAUUUUAUUAGCAUGAGAUGUUUUAAAAAAAUUAACUGUGCAUGUAAAU